AUGCUGGACAUCACUCAAUUCAUUGAAGAAAAGGGUGGUAACCCUGAACUCAUUAGACAGUCCCAAAAGGCCCGUUAUGCCAGCGUUGAAAUCGUUGAUGAAAUCAUUGCCGAAUACAAGGAAUGGGUCAAGACGAGAUUUGAUUUGGAUGAGUUGAACAAGAAGCAAAACAAGGUUCAAAAAGAGAUAGGGCUCAAGUUUAAGAACAAGGAAGACCCAAAGGAACUUUUGGCAGAAAAGGAUCGUCUUGUUGCCGAGAAAAAAUUGUUAAGCGACAGAGAACAGCAACAGGAUGCUGAUUUGAAAAAAAAGGUGUGUCAAGUCGGUAACAUCGUGCACCCUUCUGUGGUGAUCUCCAACGAUGAGGAGAACAACGAAUUGGUUCGUUCUUGGAAACCUGAAGGGUUGGAUAAAAUCGACACCACGGCGACCGGAUCACGCGAGCCAGCCACUUUGUCUCACCACGAGGUGCUUUUGAGACUUGACGGUUAUGACCCUGAACGUGGUGUCAAAAUCUCAGGCCACAGAGGUUACUUUUUCAGAAGUUAUGGUGUUUUCCUUAACCAAGCCUUGAUCAACUACGGUUUGUCGUUCUUGGCUUCCAAGGGUUACACGCCCUUGCAAUCUCCCGUCAUGAUGAACAAAGACUUUAUGGCCAGAACUGCUCAAUUGUCUGAAUUUGAUGAAGAACUUUAUAAAGUCUUGGAUGGCGAUGAUGAAAAAUACUUGAUUGCCACUUCCGAACAACCUAUCUCUGCAUACCACUCUAACGAGUGGUUCGAAAAGCCUCAAGAGCAACUCCCAGUUCGUUACGCUGGCUACUCCUCUUGUUUCCGUAGAGAGGCUGGUGCGCACGGUAAGGAUGCCUGGGGUGUCUUUAGAGUCCAUGCUUUUGAAAAAAUUGAACAAUUCGUGUUGACUGAACCUGAAAAGUCUUGGGAAGAAUUUGACCGCAUGAUCAGUAUGUCCGAGGAAUUCUACAAAUCUCUUGGAAUUCCUUACCGUGUCGUUGGUAUUGUUUCUGCAGAAUUGAAUAACGCGGCUGCCAAGAAAUACGAUUUAGAGGCUUGGUUCCCAUACCAACAGGAAUACAAAGAACUUGUCUCUUGCUCCAACUGUACCGAUUAUCAAUCCAGAAACUUGGAAAUAAGAUGUGGUAUCAAGAAAAUGGGUGACAGAGAAAAGAAGUACGUUCACUGCUUAAACUCCACUCUUUGUGCCACUCAAAGAGCGUUGUGUUGCGUUCUAGAGAAUUACCAAACCGCGGACGGUUUGAAGGUUCCAGAAGUGCUACGUAAAUACAUUCCUGGUGAACCUGAAUUCAUCCCAUACUCAAAGGAACUUCCUAAAAACUCGACUACUAACAAGAAGAACAAGAAAUGA